UCAUCUCACAAUACUCAAGAGGUAGCGCGCGUUCCAGGUAGUAUAUAUUUCAGUGGCUAAAGCUGUGUAUUGCAUUGAUCUAGAAUUUAAUACGAAAUUUCUCAUUGGCUACAAACGAAGACCAAUCGGUCCAAAGUUGUCGGUCCUUCUGACGCUUUUUAAAGGGCACGCCGAAACAUCACGGAUUAAAUCGCGGGCGCAUGUACAUGGCCGUUUUCAGGCUUACCUUUCACGCGAGUAUGACAGUUCGCCAAAUGAUGAGAAAAAUACGCGUCGCCAGGUGACAGCAGACACGUGAUCAGUCGCUGUAAGGUGAAACGAUAGUCCGAUAUUUAAUGUAGUCACCGGUGUUUGUUGCGACGAAUGGUUCGAGUUUUCUCGGCACCAAAAAUCGAGUGGUUAGAUCACACUCUAGUGUGCUAUGAUUACGACCUGACUACAGUGGGAAAAACACUGUUGACUAUAGCAGAGAUACUAUUGUAUUUCCAAUUAUAUUUGUACCGAUGCUGAUGUAUAAGUCACAAUGAUUGUUAGAUCGGCAAGAUACUGGUUUGAAAAACGCGUCAAUUUUUAGUCAAUUUUCAGUUAGAUGCCUGCUUUGCGCAAUGACGUCUUUGUGCAAUGUUUAACGCGUAUACUAGUCAGCCUCGAUCGGACGCGUAGUAUGAUAAUUUUGUGCCUAACCUAGCAUCCGCAACAAUCAUAAAUGAUUGGUCGACGUUGUGCUCUUUUCGCCCUCGGCACCCUGCUGAUCUUGGUUCUCAGUGUAAACAUAUAUUUCAUCCGAACGAUCGUCGAGAGUUCUUCGCAGAAAACUUACUCCAAGGACCUACCAGUGUCUGUACCAAAGGUCAGGCAGGAUCUCACUACAUCCUCGCAGCUCAUUCAAAGAGAUUCACAAUUGCGACUGAGGCCUAUCAUUAAAGACAUGAGCGAGAGGAUCAGGGAAGAAAUUCGUACACUACCAUCCAAAUACUUCAAGCAAAAUACCAGUUACAGCCUUGUCUUGGAGCGGCUGAUGGCCGAGCUGAGAAUAAUGCCAAAUGUCCAGGAAGACAUUUGGAAUAUUCCAAAUAAUAAUUGGCCUGAUGCCCAUCAGUUGAUUCCACCGGCAGCUCCAGAGUUGGGCACUAUUUUGGAUAUUUUGCGACGAUCUGAGGUGGUUCGCGCUGAUAAUGCUCCAUUGGGCACUCAACUCAAGCUGAUGCUGAACCUGGAGAAUGGUGUGAGGGCACUGUUCAAGCCGCAAUGGUACUCAAGAGACACCGUGAUACAUGGGCCGGUGUAUUACGGCAAGGAUCGACACAACGCCGAGGUGGUGGCCUUCCAUUUGUCAUCUUUGCUGGCACUGCGAAGGGUACCUCUUGCCGUAAUAAGAAAACUUGAUCUGAAGGAGAUUUGCAACCACGCGACGCCAGCAUUAUACGCGACUAUGUAUCAGGAGGGUAACAACACGUGCCUAUAUGGCGUUUGUCAUUAUUGUUCCCCCGCAGACCCCGUUUGCGGUACAGGAGAUAUAUUGGAGGGCGCUCUUAUCUUUUGGCUCCCGCGAAACUUAAGACUGGUUAAGCAUCGUCAUCCUUGGCAGCGAACCUACAAAAAAAACAAAUUUGCCGCGUGGGAAGUUGACGAGGCCUAUUGUGAUAAAGUGAAAGACUCUAAGGCCUAUUCACCGCAAUCGUCAAGCAGACUUUUGGAUCUGAUCGACACCGCAAUCUUUGACUUUCUGAUGGACAAUGGUGAUCGUCAUCAUUACGAACUCGCACAAAAUAAUUUCCACAACCCGGCCGUGCUAUUAAUCGACAAUGGGAAAAGCUUAGGUAAUCCCGACGUGGAUCAUCUCGACAUCCUAGCACCUCUUUAUCAAUGCUGCAUGAUUCACAAAACCACGUGGGAUAGAUUGCGAUUGUUUAGUGGCGGUUCUUUGAGUGUCGCAUUGGGCAGACUCGUUGCACACGAGGCGGAAGUAUCGGAUGUUCCUUCGCUCAUUACAGAGGCGCAUCUAAAUGCCAUGGACAGGAGAUUGCUCACUGUCUACGCUGUAGUGGAGAAUUGCCUCAGCAGAAAGAAAUACGCUUCCAAUGUGAUCUUAGAUCAUCGAUAGUUUGCGGAUAAUUUUUAGGACAGUAUCUAAUUAAAUUUGUAAUAUAUGAUUAAACGUAAACGUUUCCCUAUAAAAAGCGAGUUUAAUUCAACAAUAUGAACUUUUUGAGAAGAAUUAAACAUUCUUUUAUAAGAAAGUGUACAAAAGAACUUUUUAACAAAGACUUAUUUCGAAAAAACUUGAUACACGAUUAAUAUCUACAAUUUUUUUCUUCUCAUUUUCUCGUUGCUUCAUUGAUUUCUUUCAACAUCCUAACAGAGUGUAAUUUGUUAAUAUUAUAGUUCCUUUGUCAAGAAACGUGACAAUUAUCCUUAUCGCACGUGCAAGUAAGUGUGAGGUAAAAUUAAGCGGAUCCGAACACAGAUUUGAAUGCGAUUUAUUUGAUGACACAAUUAAUUAUCGUUACUUGAGUAGAGAGUUGGAGCGCGGCGCCGGAGUACAGCAUAUA